CUGCUAUUUGUAUAACUCUGGUGGUCGUGUUGUUGGAAAAAAAGAAAAUGUCCGUUUGGAUGAUAGAAGUUUAAAGCAAGCUCAUCGCUAUGUUUUACUUCAUUCUGAUGAACUAACCCCGGUGCUCAAUGAGUUCCUAAAACUAAAGAGGCAAGAGAAUGACGUUGGAGGAAGUCAAGCUGAUGAAUCUAUUGAAAAUCAGUGGAUAAUUGAUGAAUUUGCAGAUUGGUUGCAAAGCCAGGUCCAUAAUUUAGAUGAUAGCACGGUAGAUGGAAAGUUAAGAAAAGCCUUAGCCGGUGGCUUGAGUAACCGCGGGAAAAGGAUGAAAAGUGUUAUUAUCAAUGGUUACAAAUUUGAUAUUGUGGAUCGUGAGCGAUUUCGAGUAACUCAGAAUUCAGGAAUCAUGGUGGAAGCAGAGGGUCACGAAUAUUAUGGAAAACUCAAAGAAAUUUUGGAAUUAGAUUAUUAUGGUUCAUAUAAGGUUGUACUGUUUCGUUGUGAUUGGGUCGAUAUCCGUAGGGGUAUCAAAACAAAUCCGAAUGGAAGUGUUUGUAUCAAUUUCUCAAAGUUGAUGCACACUGGUUGAUUUUUGCGUGAUGAUCCAUUUGUUUUCUCAUCUCAAGCAAAACAAGUUUUUUAUAUUGAGGAUGAGAUACAAAAAGGGUGGUGUCAUGUUGUGAAAACUAAGCCGACUUGUUUGAUAUUCCUGAAUAAUUUGUUUACAACUUUUAUUAUAAUUUAUUAUAUAUUUGAGUUCAUAAAUUUGGAUGGGUUGUGUAUUUUUAUAUUUCAUUUAGUUAUUCUAAUUCAUCAAAGUUUGUAUUUUGUCAACUUAAUUUCUGUUUCUGUUAACUAAAUUCUAUAACUGAAAUUCAAAUCUGAAUUCAAUUCUGGAUUUCAGCUCUGAACAUCAGAAAUGAAUUCUAGAACUGAAAUCAGAACUGAAAUCCAAAUCUGAAUUCAGUUUUGAAUUCAGCUCUGAACAUCAGAACUAAAUUGCAGCUUGUGUGUGUGUAUUUGCAAAAUUCAUUGGCUAAUGUGUGGGCAAACUUUGUUAAUCUUUCUUGAUGUGUUUACCUGUCUUCAUGCAUUUUAUAUAUACUUGCUGGUGCUUUAUAUUAAACAUAUGGAUUAUGGUGUGUUCUAGAAGCCUAGAAGUGCUAGAAAACUUGAUUGCAGUGACUACUUGGAACCUUUGGCUGAAGAUGAUUGCUUCUUUUGUGCUUUAUGGAUUCCUAAGAUUAAGUGUUGUUCUUGUUUCUUAAUUAAAGAGGCUUUUAUGCAUUUAACUCACUGUUGGGCUUCUUAACUGUGCUUACUAUAUUCAAUACUUGUUUCUUAUUUCAACUCUACUAUGUUGCUCAUUUAUUUUUCUUAUUUCAUGGUUUCUUAAUUUGGUUUUGAAUCUUCUGAUGACUAAUCUUAUUGCCACGCUUAUGAUAAUUUUUUAUUUCUGUUCUUUUUAAUAACUUAUUUUGCGAAUUUAUCAGGUAAAGUAUGAUGUACCGAAGCAAGAGAGCAAGGGACAUACUUGCUGCCACAGCCAAGUCACAUGAUCAAGUAUCAUCACAGUCACCAAUUAUCUCUAAUGCAUAUACUUCUUCUGCUGCUGAAGCUUCACAACCCACCAAAAAACAAGCUAGAAAGUCACCACAAACUGAGGUUCUUAGGGAUGACAAAUGGGGACCUUUUUCUCCACCCAUUUCCACUAUAAAAUGUGACCACCCACCACCUAAUAAUUUAGGAUCCAUUUGGAAAAACCCUCCUGGUUCAACGUUAAAUUCAGUUAAGGAAUCAGUUACGCAAGGUCAGCAAAAAAAAUACCCACCAGAAGUUUCAUCUUUAGUCCCACCUAAUAUUCCACCUAAUGUUCCACAUUCAAUUGCACCAGACUCAUUGAACUCCCCUUCUACUUCUCACAAACCUCCUGAGCGCCCAAAACCUGCUACACGAGGAAUCCGGAACCGUGAAACAGGUGCUUUGAAAAUUUCAGCUACAGCUCCACGGGAUAAUCAUGAAAGACAAAAAAGUGGAAACGAAUCAGAAGAGAUCCCGAAACAAUAUGCCAAGGGUAAUACUACAUUAGUAAGUGGUAUUAUUCUGCCAAUUGACAUAUGGAGUAAUAACGGCGUCCAGUACUAUGUCGAAUUCAAUGAUUUAUGCCAGCCAAUUAGGAAGGGUGGACAUAUUUUGGUUAAAUUCAUUAGUAUGAUUGCGAAGAUGGAGUCACAUUGUCCAGUUGGGGAAAAAGAUUGGAAAGCAAUCGACAAGAAUUUUAAAGGGAAAAUAAUUAAAGACAUAAGAGACCGUUUUGUGAUUCCUCCUGGUGUGGAAUAUGACAACCAAGCUCUCAAGCGUGCCAAUAAAUGUUGGAGGCAAUUCAAAUAUUCUCUGAAACUAAUUCAUUACAAGCCACUAGAGAAGAAAUUGGAUGAUAUUUGUAAUAAUGUGCCACAUGGAAUUACCAGUAGUAACUGGGUUAAGUUGGUAAAAUAUUGGGAUUCGGAUUACGGGAAAACUAUGUCAGCAUGCGGUAAAAAGGCACGAGCUUGUCAAAAUCAGAUUCAUACAUCUGGCUCUAAAAGUUUUGCAAACCAACAAGCUGAUUAUGAAGAUGAACAUGGACAAAAAAUGAGCUUGUUAGCGCUGUGGAUUAAAAUCCAUGCGGGUAAAGACGAAAAAUUUCUUCCUGACACAGUCACUCAAGAUUUUGUGAAUGAUGUUAAAGCUAAGGUUGAAGAGUUGAGGAUGGUGCACCCUAAGUUGUCCGAACAAGAGCUCGAACAUGAAGCAUUUCAGCAAACUAUGUAUGGCAAUGAGAUUCCCGAUCAUCCGGUGGGUUACGAACUAGGGGUUAAAAAGGGGGACAUUUACGGAGUACGUGGUGUGUUAAGGAAGGAAGGCUAUGGAAAAGUUCAAAAGAGGACUAUUGUGAUGGAUAGUGUUAAAGAAGAAGUAAAUGCUUUGCACAAAAAAAAAUGAUACACUAUCUCAAGAAAAUGAAAAGUUGAAAGACGAGGUCGGACACAACAAUCUUCUUCUUAAAGCGCUUGUUGGACAAUUUUCUCAGAUUGUAGGUGCAGUUCGUCAAGGGAAUGCAUCUCCGGGUCUUCUAAACAAAGCAUCUGAAAUCUUAGGAAAGGCAAAACAUCAGAUUGGAAAAAGCAAUGUAGGUGCAACAAGAGAAUAGGCCAGGACACUUGAGCAUCAACAAGCGACUAUAUCGUCUAUAAGGCCAUCGUCUAUCUAUUUUGGUUUUUAGUCUUAUAUUAGUGAUGUAAUUAUUUAGGGACAAGCUACUAUAAUAUGCGACUUUUUUUUUCUUUUUUUUUUAAAUAAUUGUGUUGAUGUUUUCUUUUAUAAAUUUGGUAAUUAAGUACUACGU